AUGCGCCCACUACUAAGCCAAUCUCUCCUACGAGCCACAAGAACUCAUCCCUCUCACUCGUUGUGCUCUCAUCAUCUUCGACCAAGCUACACAAUCACCACCUCUCGAAUCCCACCCUCUCCCCUCCACAGUUAUCAAUAUGGUCGGAGAGCCUUCCAUUGGCAAUCUGCCGUCGGUGCUGCCAUAGAAGGGACCCAAACCCUCAUGGUCGGCCUCCACACAGGGACUCAACUGCCAUGGUUCAUGGUGAUUCCGCUCGUGGCCGUAACUGUAGGCACAGUAUUCCGCCUCCCUUUCUCCAUCUACUCGCAGCGCAUCCUCCAACGCCGCGGCGAAUUCCGCUCUCUACUUCAAGCCUGGAAUGUGCAACUCCAGUACAACGUGUCGCGCGAAGGGAUACCCUUCUCAUCACAAUUAUCCGAGGUGAAAAGGCGUCAGGAGAAAGUCCUGAAACGCAUAUACUCAAAGCUCGGUCUGCAGCAAUGGCGGUUGUGGGGCAGUGUUCUGAGCUUUCCCUUCUGGCUCGUCGCCAUUGACGCCGUGCGGCGAUUAUGCGGCGGUCCGCGUGGUCUCAUAGGGUCGAUGAUGACUGGGUCUGAUAGCUCAAGCGAGAGCACGGUGAUAUCGAAGGCCAAAGCAGUUUUGGCAGACACGUCUCUUCCGUCGGGCUCAGUUACGGAUCCCGCUACCAUAGAUCCCGCACUGCUAUCUUCAGCAGCGGAAGCUGCGCGCACGUCUGUCGUAGACCCUGCCCUAAGUUUCGAAGGCUGUCUGUGGUUCACGGAUCUCACCACCAGCGAUCCAUAUCAUAUCCUACCCCUCGCUCUAUCAGCAACGCUUGUAUGGAAUCUGCUCCCCAGAUCGCGCGAUGAGUUCCGAGACCGUUUACGCGUCGCGCUAGGUAGACGACCACAGAGCACGCGAGCGCAAACGUUGGCGGGCGAUGCGAAAGUCGGCUUCCGCGAGAGACUAUCGGCCAUAUUCCAUAUGUCUAUGAUUGGACUGGCUACCUUGGUCGGCCCGCUCACCAUGGAUCUACCCGCUGCGUUACAUCUGUAUUGGUUGGCUUCGUCUCUUACGAAUGCUCUCUUCCAGAGAGCCCUUAAACAUUUCAUACCUUUGAAGCAGGGCUUAUUGAAAGGAUGUACCAAUAACGAAUUCAUAUUCAUCAGACCGCAACGAGCGCGGAAAAAUUAA